CGACAGCAUAACAAAGAAAAACGUGCGGCUCUAAAGAAAUUUGAAGAAAGGAUCCAAUCCGUCUCUGAUGGAUUGCGAACAGAUUGGGUUAAGAAACUUGAAGAGCAAAUUGAGAAAAAGUACACUGUGAUCGAAGCUGUAUUUCGAGAUAAUGAAAUAAAAUUUACGAAGCUUAUGGCCGUGUUUAGAAAAUUUGAAGAAAAGUACAAAAAAGAAAUUCAGGAGUUUACAGAUUCCAAAGGCUGGGGUAAUAUUACUGUUGACGAAGUAAGCCUGAAGAGUAAUAACUUGCGUGAAGAAGUUUUGGAAAGAUUUCAGCACGAAAUUAAGCAAAUAGCUGAUGGCUCAUUAGAGGGUUGGCGUAGUUGUAUAGAUGGAAAACUUCUGAGCGCAUACAAUGAAAUUGAAGAAGGUGUCAGAAAACUGGAGAAGAAGAGAAAAAAGAUUUGCUGGAAAGCAGUUUUAAUUUGUAUGAUUCUCGCAACUGCAGGGUUGUUGUGGCUGGUUGGUAUUCCUAGCACCCCACUUAUUAUUUCUGUUUGUAUAAUCCUUGUCUCAGUUGUCAAGGGUAGCGAGCAAGCGUAA